GGCAAAUAAUCAACUGCGUCAUGAAAUUAAUAAAAUGAAGGCACAAGUACAGGGGUUGAAAAAAGCCCUUGCUUUUAUGAAAUCAUCGAGCCAAUCAUCCCAAUAUCUUUUAGCCACAUCAGCAUCUAUGAAAAUAACAGAAAUUAAUACUUCGCAAAUAAUAUCACAAGAAUAUAAAGAGAGAACCGAAAGUUUCAUAUAUGAAAAAGAUAAGAAACAUAUGUUUUAUAAGAGCGCGUUGACCAUGCUUUCCGAUGAGCAAGAUCAAUCAUGUGGGUCAUGGUCUAGGAAAAUGG